AUGAGUCCAGCGCCACCAAGUAUAGACAGUGAGCCUACCAUUCGCAUCUUCAUCGCUGGAGGUUCCUAUGCCGGUUUAUCCACAGCCGUAAAUCUUCUCGAUCUUGGUCAGGGUCUUACCCCGCGAAUGUCCCAGAAAAAAUAUGAACACCACCCUGAAUUGCCUCGAGUGAAGUGGGACAUUACCAUUGCGGAUGAGAGGGAUGGAUUCUAUCACUUGAUCGGCUCUCCUCUCGCUUUGGCAGACGAGGACUAUGCCAAGAAGGCCUGGGUCAAGUUUCAAGACCUACCAGGCUUGAAUAACCCUCAGGUCAGGUUCAUCCGGGGCUCCGUUAGCACUGUGGACUGUGAGGCAAAGACGGUCACUACGAUUGACAGCACCACCAAGGCUGCCAUGACAAACAAGUAUGACUUUUUUGUAGCCGCCACUGGUCUGCGACGGGUCUGGCCCGUGGUUCCUCAGUCCUUGACGAAGAAGCAGUAUCUCCUUGAGGCUGAGGAGCACAUUCAUGCCGUCAGCAGCGCAAGACAUGGUGUCGUCGUCGUGGGUGGAGGUGCAGUAGGUAUCGAGAUGGCAGCUGAGCUCAAGCUAGCCAAGCCCGAUGUCAAGGUCACUCUUGUCCACUCUGGAGAGAAGCUGCUUUCCUCCGAAGGUCUCUCGGAUGAGUGCAAAGACAAGGCGUUGGAAUUGUUGCAGGAAGCUGAUGUACAAGUCCUGAUGAGCCUCAGACUAUGCACCAUCAACAAGGUUGCAACGACUGAUUCAUCUCCCGAGUACGAGAUUGAAUUCACAAACGGACACAAAAUGUCAGCCAGUCAAGUAAUCAUGGCCGUAUCCAAGAGCAAGUCGACCGCAACGUAUCUUCCUUGCUCGGCCCUGGACGAUGAAGGAUACGUCAAGAUUCAACCCAACGCAGUCUUUUCUCCCGCUACCCCCAAUGCCGAGUCCCAUCUCUGCGCAGGCGACCUGGCGAAAUGGUCCGGCAUUAAGCGCUGUGGUUGGGCCAUGCAUAGCGGCCAUUUUGUUGCCCAAAACAUCCACAAGCUUGUGUUGAAAAAGCAUACCGGCCAGGAGCCCAAGUUUAUGGAGUUUGAUCUGGUUCCGCCCAUGAUUGGACUGGCCAUAGGCAAAAAGGCCGUCGCUUCUGGUCCGGAAGGUACAGUCUUUGGUGAGGAUGUUAUGCAGGCGUACUUUCAACAAGACCUAGGAUUCACUAUCUGCUGGAACUGGAUGGGCCUCGGAGGUCGAAAGAAGGAUGAACCUACUUGUUGA